UGGAGAUGGAAUUAUUUAUUCAUGGAAAACAGUCCGUGUGACGUUGACAGGGCGAGGAUUGGUUGGCUUCUCAACACAAGAACCUUUUUAUAUUCUUCUUGAUUAACUGUAUUGCUGAAGUGAGAGCUUUGGAGAACUGUUUCAAGUCUACCAACUACAGCGGUGCCUCACAAGGGACCUCAGGAACUUGUAUUUUGGUCACCAUGGCUGACUCUCACUUGUCUGGCUCUGUUGGAAGCUACAACAGCAGCUUUCCCACCACCAGUACUUGGAACAUCACUGGCAGUGGCCCGUGGUUGUUGGCCUUCAUGCUGACGGUCAUCAUCCUCAUGACCGUCUGUGGCAACAUGUUGCUUAUCGCUGUGGUGUUCGCCCACCGCUCUCUGCGCUGCACGUCAAACUGCUUCUUGGUGUCUCUGUUCCUGUCUGACCUCAUGGUGGCGCUGGUGGUUAUGCCCCCAGCCAUGCUCAAUGUGCUGUGUGGGGCCUGGGUGUUAUGGCCUGCCUUUUGUCCCAUUUGGCUUUGCUUUGACGUCAUGUGCUGCAGCGCGUCCAUCCUCAACCUGUGUGUGAUCAGCCUGGACCGCUACCUCUUCAUCAUCUCACCGUUACGCUACAAGCAGAGAAUGACCCCACCACGGGCCUUACUGCUUGUGGGAGCUGCGUGGGGGUUGGCAGCUCUGGCCUCCUUUCUGCCCAUUGAGAUGAAAUGGCACAGCUUAGGCCUGGGGAGUGGACACUCGUCUGUUCCAGACAUCAACAUCAGCUCCUACUCUGACACACUGUAUCCAACAUCUCACUCGCUGUCACCAUCGGGAGGCAUCUCUUUCCAGUGUCGCCUGCGGGUCACCUUGCCCUUUGCUCUCGUGGCAUCUGUGCUCACUUUCUUUCUACCCUCCAGUGCCAUCUGCUUCACUUACUGCCGGAUCCUUCUGGCAGCACGGAGGCAGGCAAAGAGGGUGGCAGCCCUGAGCCACCCACCACACCCACAUCACUCUCUCGGGGAACCUUCACAGCCUCCGUCACCUGGGAUUGCAGCGCAGCGGCACGGAGAUGACUGCAGAUACCAGGAACCUCUCGUGUCACAAAAUGUCCCGCUGUCAGUGAACAGUGAGCGUCGUCUGGCUCACAGACAGGGUCGGAGGGCACUCAAGGCCAGUCUCACACUGGGAGUCCUCCUGGGACUCUUCUUCAGUGCUUGGCUCCCGUUUUUUAUCACCAACAUGGCUCAGGCGGUGUGCGAGUGCGUGCCCCUCGCGCUCUUUGACGCCAUCACCUGGCUGGGCUACUGCAACAGCACCAUGAACCCAAUCAUCUACCCGCUGUUCAUGAGAGACUUCAAGCGAGCUUUGGCAAAGCUCUUGCCCUGCUGUUCCUCCCAGUCACCAAGAAGACCCUCCCCGGCUCUGUCCCUCUCUCUGCGCAACUCGGGAGAGCCCAACAUUGCCAGCAACUCCCCGUCUCCGCUGCCCUCUGACCCCACUCACGCCCCGGCCACCGCCACGGACGCCGUCAACCUGUUUGAUGCUGAUCACGCUGGGAUUGAGUUGCCCUUGCUUCUCCCCAAUCAGGUUGACAACCUGGACUGA